CAGAGAGAAUCCGAUUGUGAGAGUUGUUUGUGCAUCAAGUAUUUUCUUUUUGUUUGGUUUUCGCUUCACUUUUCACAAAAUUUCUUUACAAGAAAAACUAAUUUACUGAGUUAAUUUAUUAAAUGUAAAUAAAUUAUAGUAUAUUUUAUCGUAUUUUCAAUUAAAGAAAUUAAAUUCAUUACUCCAACCAGGACGCACUGCCCACAUUGAUGCCAUCAAAAAUGUCGCACCUGAACUGGUGCCGUUUAUGUAUAAAUAGCUGUACAGACUUUAUAGAGAUAUACGAUGAAAAUGAACAAAUUAAAAUGGAUGUCUAUGACGUCACUAUACAGUAUUUUCAUGCAAUGUUCUUGCAACCCAUAAACGAAAGUCCCCUUAAAGUUAUGUGCGCGGAUUGUUGGCGACACAUUACCGAAUUUGAUAGUUUUCAAAAAUCCAUACUAUUGGCUCAAUCUACUCUACUGAAGCCCAAUGCGGAAAAGGAAACAGAAGAUGAUGAUGAGCAGGAGGAGGAUGAGCCAUUACAAGCCAAAGCAGAAUUAGAAAUUAUUGCACAACCCGUAAAAAAUGAAGCUUCAGAAGUGGAGACACUUCACAGUGACAAAGAGAACAACGAUGAAAACAUUGAAGACAGUGAUGGUGGCGGUGGCGGUGUUGCCAACAAUCAAAUCAAUGAAAACACAUUUAAGCUUUACGUUAAAUCCAUUGUCGAUAUGAUCAAGGCACAGAAUGGCGAUUUUAAUAUGGGAGUGCAAAAACCUUUCACAAAUGAUACAUCUCUCGAUGAAAGUGUUCCAAAAAUAGCCAAUGUAAGCGGCGGUGCUCCCAUUGAUUUGACUGAGGAUGAAAUUAAUCAGGAUGAGUAUGAAGGAGAAAUGGACUAUACAGGUGAUGAAGAGCUAAAGUUCAAUGCUGCCGAUUUGUUAUCGGUACAAUUGAGUACAGAUGGUGAUAACUUUUUGGGUGAAAACUCCAUGUUGGAACAUAUGCAUAGUUUUUUCAGCCGGCAAAAGCAACCUGAGAGUUUUAGAAAUCGUACCCCAAGCGAAAUUUUAGAUCAAUAUAUAACCCAAUGGCGAGCAACAUUAAAUUGUCCCCUCUGUAAUGCUGUUUGUGCAAAUGUGGCCCAUUUGAGGGAACAUUUCAAAGAACAUCAUCCACAGCACAAAACUUACAUAGAAUGUUGUCAACGUAAGCUAUUCACACGUUCAUCAAUAGCGGAACAUGCACGUGUCCAUUUGGAUCCCAACACUUUUAAAUGUGAAAUAUGUGGACGAGUUUGUAAUUCAUCCAAAGCCUUGUUGAAACACAAGCUUUCCAAACACUCAGAAGCAAAUGAUAGCUACGCUGAUGAUGCUGUUGGCGCUCAUGGUGAGAGUGGCAACACAGAACCAGCCGCAAAUAAAUCAAAAAUAUCCAAAAAAUCUGCCAAAGAAUUAGAUGACAUUAUUGCCCGCUGGAAACCAAAUUUGGAGUGUGUGGUGUGUUGCAGCCAAUUUCCCAGCUAUACGAUGUUACAGCAACAUUUUCACUUUGAACAUCCGCAGGCUCCAUUCUACAUUGAGUGCUGUCAACUGAAGUUGGAACAACGUUGGCAUGCUGCCGAUCACAUGCAACUGCACUUGGAUCCCAACGCCUUCAAAUGUCAGCUAUGCAAUCGAGCCUACAGCUCCAGUCGCCAUUUAUAUCGCCACAUGUACUAUACACAUUCCAUGCGAGCCGGUGGCAAUAAUGUCAAAUCGCCCACUUGCCACAAAUGCCCGAUAUGUGAAAAGUCCUUCAAGGCUCGCCGUUGUAUGCAGGAACACAUGGCCACACACACCGGCCAGGAAUUGUAUCGUUGUUUGUAUUGUAGCGAAACAUUUCGCUAUUGCUCAUCGUUGUAUGCCCAUUUAAAGAGUAUCCAUCCGCUUGAAUGGAACGAUCGCAAAGAUACUCGUAUGCUGUAUAAACAAAUGACAAUUGGAGAUUCAUAAAAAAGAGCUAUUUGAAUUCGAAUGGAAAUGGGCAGAAGACAUUCCUCUUGUUCUAUUGUAUGAGUAUUAUGAAUAGUUUUAAGUUAGUUUUUAUAUAUCUAUAGAUAUCUAUCUACGUUGACGAGAUUUUCAUUUUUCUUUUCAUCAACAAUGUAGAGAUUUGUUGGAUUUAUAUAAAUAUACAUAGCUAAAUCCCUCCAUUAGAAUUAUCAUUUUUUUCUUUUAAUAUUUGUAUUUUAUUUUCAUAUACUUUUAAUUUGUAUUAAUCUCGAAUUUAGCACAAAUUUUUGUAAUAAAUUAAGUAAACUUUUUUUAAAUUUUAAAAUUGAGUACUUAACCGUUUUAAAAAGCA